AUGAAGAUGGGGCUGUUCCCCGCGGACCGCGCCGCCCUCAAGAGGGACGGCCUGGCUCUCUUCAGCAAGCUCAUCCGCACCAAGAACAUAGACGGUCUGCAAGAGGCGGCGCAGCCGGGCCGCGGAGGCCCCGCGGGAGACAACAAGCUCAAGCUCAAGAAAUGCCUGACCACGCUGGACCUCACCUCCCUGGGGGUGGGCUCGUGUGUCGGCACGGGCAUGUACCUGGUGGCCGGGAUGGUGGCCCGCAACGUGGCUGGACCUGGAGCCGUCAUCUCUUUCGUCAUCGCCGCCGUGGCGUCCAUAUUCUCAGGGGCGUGCUACGCGGAGUUCGGCGUGCGGGUGCCGCACACCACGGGCUCCGCCUACAUGUACAGCUACGUGACGGUGGGCGAGUUCAUCGCCUUCGUCAUCGGCUGGAACAUGGUGCUGGAGUACCUGAUCGGCACCUCGGCCUGCGCCUGCGCACUCAGCGCCUGCCUGGACGCGCUGGCGGACGGAGCCAUCAGCCGCGGCAUCGCCGGCUCCGUCGGCACCAUGUUCGGCAGGCCCCCUGACUUCCUCGCCUUCGUGAUCACGCUGCUCAUGAUGGUGCUGAUGGCGGCGGGCGUGAAGAAGUCGCUGGUGUUCAACAACCUGCUGAACGCCAUCAACCUGGCCGUGUGGGUGUUCAUCAUGUCGGCGGGCCUGUUUUUCGUCGACACGCGCAACUGGUCGGAGCACAAGGGCUUCCUGCCCUACGGCUGGUCCGGGGUGUUCACUGGGGCCGCGACCUGCUUCUACGCCUUCAUCGGCUUCGACAUCAUCGCGACGACGGGCGAGGAGGCCACCAACCCCAAGAAGUCCAUCCCGCUGGCCAUCGUCACCAGCCUCGUCGUCAUCCUGGCCGCCUACGUCACCUCCUCCAUGAUGCUCACGCUCAUAGUUCCGUACGACGAGGUGGACGCCGACUCGGCGCUGGUCGAGAUGUUCGGCCAGGUGGGCGCCUACAAGUGCAAGUACAUCGUGGCGGUGGGCGCCCUGGCCGGCCUCACGGUCAGCAUGUUCGGCUCCAUGUUCCCCAUGCCGCGCAUCGUCUACGCCAUGGCGCAGGACGGCCUCAUAUUCCGGACGCUGGCGCAGGUGCUGCCUCUGACGGGCACCCCGGUGCUGGCCACCUUCGUGUCGGGGCUGUGCGCCGCGCUGGCGGCCCUGCUCAUCGAGCUCGAGGUGCUGGUGCAGAUGAUGUCCAUAGGCACCCUGCUCGCCUACACGCUGGUGUCCACCUGCGUGCUGAUCCUCAGGUACCAGCCUCACUCCACCAACCUCAUAGAGCUGCUGCCGCAGUCUCUGAGGACGCCAGUUAGGGGCUCCCCCACCAAGGAGAACAUCGGCAACGGCCAGGUGAUGUACGGCAACCAGCUACAGCCGGACCAGCUGAGGCAGGCCCUGGGGGGCGGGGAGACGCAGCCGCCCCCACAGCCGCCCCCGACCGCCGCCCAGACGGCGCUGCACCAGCACCAGCAGCGGGUCAUGGUCCGCCGCGUCACCCGCAGCUCGCCCGACAGCGACGACACCUACCCGGGCGAGGAGCCGGAGGAGGACUUCUCCAUGAGGGACGACCAGUUCCUGGUGUCGGACCGCAGCGAGAACAAGUUCUACGGCACGGUGCACGGCGGCGGGUCCGGGGGCGGCUCGACCGGCGGCGGCGUGGCGGGGGCGGUGGGCCCCAGCCUCGGCUACAUCGGCCGCCGCCUCCAGGCCGCCACGUACUUGUGCCCCGCCAUCUUCCCGUGGGUGGACACGGGCCCCGCCACUGAGCAGUCGGGCAUGUUCGUCAUGAAGAUGGUGGGACUACUCUACCUGCUCAUCGUGGUGUUCGACCUGAUCGUGGUGUGCGGCAUGGGCUCCACCAGUCCUGCCACCACCUUCUUCCUGGUGCUCUUCCUGCUGCUCAUCCUGGCCGUGCUGCUCGCCAUCUCCAGGAAGCCCCAGAACAGGAAGACGCUUCUCUUCAUGACGCCGGGACUACCGUUUGUCCCGGCCAUCGCGGUGACGGUGAACAUAUACCUAAUCUUCAAGCUGUCCAUACUGACGCUCGUCAGGUUCACCGUCUGGAUGACACUGGGACUGGGGAUGUACUUCUACUACGGCAUCAAGCACAGCACCUUGGAGGAGGAACAGCUAGCCUCCGACUCGGACAACCAGAACAUUGAGCUGACUGUCACGGAAGACUCGUACCUGCAGCAGCCACAUAAGCAACAUCAGCAACAUCAGCAACAUCAGCAACAGCAGCAGCAGGAGCCCGAGCCACAGUUCCCUCCUCCGAGGCCGGCCCCAGCUGACCUGUUCGUGGCGCCGCAGGCGUUCCCGAGCUGGGACGACUAGACCCCGGCCACCGCAUCAUCAGGUGGCACGUGAUAUCUCACAUGUCGCUCCAUGCCUCCCUACUGGGAAUGCUUAUAAAAGCUGACUCGUGCUGUCAUUGGCAACCUGGGGUCACUGAGUCUGCUACUCCUCACCUAGCGGCCCACGCUACAGCUCCUCUUGAGAACUGGUGGGGAGUAUCCCAAACAACAGCCCUCCAAACCUGGCAUCACGGGUGAUCUCUCACAUGUCGCUCCAUGCCUCCCUAAUGGGAAAAUCUUCCAAAAGCUGGCUCGUGCUGUCAUUGGCAACCUGGGGUCACUGAGUCUGCUACUCCUCAGCUAGCGGCACACGAAACAGCUCCUCUUGAGAACAACAGCCCUCCAAAUUUGGCAGCACGGGUGAUCCUCCACGACUGUACAACCCAUCUAGCAGCCGUGAAGCUCACCACCCUUCAGACAAGGUGAUGUCACAGUGCUUCCGCCUCGGGGUAUGUCCUUCCACCUCCGGGUAUUUCCAUAGUGAUGCAGCUAUUCUCUAAAUGUCUUGAGCAUUUCUGCAACCUCUUGUAUAGCAGCAGGAUGGGAUAUUCUGUGAUUGAACUUUUCCCAAUGGAGUUGAGGUAACCCAGAGCUGCAGGGGUGGCUCAUCUUCCCCACAGUUUCAAUUUUUUUUCCAUUGAGCAGUUAAUUUGUUGAUAUACUUUAACUUCUCUUGCUGUAUAUUAGUUUGUCUAAUAUAUUGCCUAUUUAGCAGUGAUAUACGAAUUCUCCUAGAUUUUUGCACGGUGUUGCAGAAAUAUUUCCUGAAAUGUACAAGCAUGCCCAAUCUCUCUCACUUGGCUAUCAGAGUGGUCGAUAUUGUAGAGUCGGGAAGAGCAGGGAGUGGUAGUUCUCACACUUGUCUUUGCGAUGCAGCAACGUCUUUGGAAUACAAUGAAUUUUGACGCGUGUUCCAGAACUUGUUUUUGUAAACCAAAGAUAAAACUAAGUUCCUGCCCACCUUUUAACAGGAAUAAUUUUUUAAUAUUGCUUAUAGAUAUUGGGCGUUGUUCUUUAUAAUCAAGUUUAUCUGAAUCGGUUACAUUUCUCCCAGUCUUAUGACGGGAGUAAUGUCAUGCUUCAUGUUCUGUUUCAACGUUGAGUCUACAAGCAACCGGAUAAAACACAUUCAUUCAACUAACUUCAACACAUACAUUUUUUUUAGUGAGUACCAAUUGUGCUGGUAUUGCUUUCGAUAAAAAUGUUUAAACCAUAAAAUAUCCUCCCCGAAAAAAAAUUAUUUAGCUCUUGUUACAGGGAGUAUUUUCUUGAGGAAAUUUUCAGAAUUGUUUUUUAAAUUCUACUUAAUUUUGUUUCCCAAUAAUUGGUUAAAAUCAUUUGUGGCAUGUGUAAGAGGGAGUGUGAAGUAACAAUUAUUGGAUAGGCUUGUAAGAUAUGACCACCACCAACUCUGCAGACUCCAGCAAAAGGAAAGAUGAUCUUCGGUGCAAACCACACUCAAUUUAUCUAUUGGUCAAAUUGUUUUGGAUGAAAUUUCUGUCCCAGUGGUGAAUGUCCCAAGAGCAUGUUUGGAGGCUGGCUCAUAAUGUUUCAUUAGUGGCAGGAAAAGUUUUGAGGAUUCAUUGACUUGCAGACUAGGUUUCACACCCUGGUUAGGUGUUAUUGGUUCUUUGGCUGCUGUAUUUUUAAAGAUUAUUGUUUUUUCAGUAUUGUUGUUUACAGGGCAAUUACUGGCGUAAAGUGAAUCAUAGGCUGUACAAAUAAUCUUCCACCCGAUGCGAAAUUUAUGAAACAACCCUUUUUAAAGUAAAUAUUGGACGUGCCGCUAAGUUAUUCUCACAUCUUUCCAGUCACUACGCAUCAUUCUGUCUCCCUUUCCAGCCCCUAGCAAAACGGAAAAGAAAUCACACUUUAGUUAAAAAUAGUAUGUUGAGAUCAAACAUAUGAUGAAAUUACGUUACUUUGUGAUAAACAUUCGAGAUAGAAGAAAAAAUGUGUCCGUGACUUUAAUGUUUAUUCUUUACCGGGUUUCUUCGGUUAUUGAUGUAAGCUAUUCCGAUUACGUUACACAUGCAAACAAAGGCAUUUACAGUCACUGUUAAUUCCCAAUUAGAAAAAUUUCACCCGCCAUUGAUUAGUAAGGGGAGGUUCAAAAUACAUGGUUUAAAACUCAUAUAUUUUUCGGGCGCAUGUCAUCAUAAAUUUGACUUCAUAUGCAUUAGGGUGACCAUGAGACUCAUUUGCAUUCAUUUAUUGUCUGCUGUCACAGAAAUCAUUACUUACCCUGUGUUAUGAGUUGUUAAAGAUUCUGAUCAUUAACAAAUCUAUAUCAAAUAUAAAAAAUAACUCUAUAUAAAAGACUCAUUUUUGAUAUUUAAUAUAAUAAAUAAAACUGAACCAUAUUAUUUUAAUUUUGCCAACAUGAGGCAUUACAAACACAUUUGUGCUGUAGCAGAGCUGAUAAAGAAACAUUGGGAGAUUUCGUCCGUCGGUAGUAAAUAUAUAUAUUUGGUCUAUAACUGAGGUAAAACAUUGUUCUGAUGAACGAUGAGUAUUUGAUCUAAGUUCACAAACAACCCUCACAAUAAUAAUAAUUAUAAAAUCUGGUAAUGAUUUAUGACAAGUCAUUAGAUAAAUAUUAAGCACUGAAAUUCUAGGAUACUAUGAUAAGAUUAUUGUAUUUAUUCAGCUAUUAUUAUUCUGUAACUCCACACGCAUCAGAUUUACAAAUAUAUAUUUUAAUAAAUAUUAAAUGUUUUUGUUGUUGAAAAUUCUUAAAUCCACUUUUCUUAUUUUUAAAUUAUGUUCUAGCUCAAAGUAUUUUAAUCGGUGAUCCAUAAACAAUGUUAAACACGUGAACAACUAUUUUAAGUAUAUCUUUACCACCAAAUGAUUUUUCAAAAUAAUCUUUUGACUUUAAACUUGGUACAAUAAUUCUAAAAAAAAAAUUCCAAUAUUUGUAGCAUAUUUUUUCAAAGAAUUCACUUUGUAAAAUACAGCUACACUUUAAAAAAAAAUAAAAAUAAUUUUUUACAAGUUUUACUUAGACAUAUAGCUAUUAAAUUCAAUUUAACUUAACUAGUGAAGAAUUAUAAAACACUUUUAGUUUUAAUUCAAUCGAAGUUUAGUAAAUGUGAAUCAGGUUUCAUCCAUUACGAAUGUGCAGACUAUUUGGUUUCACACAAAAUACGUAUAAACUUAGUAGUUUAUGCGUCUCAAAAACUAAAUUUUCAAAUCUAAGCAUAUAUAAUGAUACGUUUAAAUACUAGGGUACUGAUAACAUAGUUGAUAAUAAUGUAAAAAUAAAAUAUUAAAUUAAUACUAGAUAAAUUAAAAAUUUGAAUAACUGUUAUGAAAACAGAUAGAAAAUCUGCAGAAAUGGAAUGCAGAAAACAAAUAUUGAAUUUUGUAAAUUUUUUGUGAAAUAACUUAAUCAAAUAUAACUAAAAAUAGCCAACAAAUAUAAAUUAUUCCAUUAUGUGCUGAAACUUUUCGUAUCAAGGAUUAGUAACUUUCGUUAAAUAGCGUCAACAUUUUAGUUGCUUUGCUUGUGGUUUAUUUAACGUUAAUACCAUUGGUAGAAUAAUUUUAAUAUUUUCGGAAAAAUAAUUAAAUUUUUAAACACCAAACUUUAUUUCAUUAAAUUCAAUUUUUUUUUUCCUUUUGGAGACACAUACACAAUUAUAUGUAAAGUGAUAAUUAAGAUAUGUGCAAAUAAAUACACUCUAGGAGAAGGAAGUUAUCCACUAUGAAGUGUUGCUCACUAUUAAUAAAUAAUUCAAUCCAAAACAUACUUAAAUAUAAUACAUGUGAAAUUGUUAUUUAAAUUAAAAAUUAAUCGUUAUAAAUGAAUAAGCUUAGUCUUUAUAUCGUAAAAAAACUGUUAUGUGAUCGUAAAGAAAAGGAGGCAUUACAUUAAGUAUCAUUUCCAGUCAAAACCAUACUCAACGUGUUUGCCAGGUGUUAAACUUGUGUCGACAAGUGACUUGUAAUAAAACUAGAAUGUUACUCGUAAAACAUAAACUGUGUUGCUAUUGUUUGCUUCGACGCUGAGAUAACUAUGUUAUACAAUGCAAUAACACUGGCGCUCUCCCAGUUCUAUGCAAUAAUAAUGCAUUACGUGUAGUACAGAGAAUAUAUCGUAUUGAAUGUUUAUUUUAUUGCACCAGAUAUAUAAACUAACCCCCGUGUAAAUACACAGUUUAAAGUUACUUAUAUACAUGUAUUAUAUACAUACACUGUAAAAAAUAUAUAUAGACAACUUAAACGUCAGUGCCUGAGAGACUGAAGUGAAAAUUAAUAGCACAUUUUUGAGCGAGUCUUAAAGCCAAAAAUCUUUAUUUCGAGGUCGCUUUUAAUAUUUUAGGAGUAUGUAUAUGUAAAAGAUGGCAAACUUCUCAAAAUUAAUUACUUUAUAUGAUUUUAUUAUUUUGAAAUUCGAGUUUUGAACAGCUGGAAAGUCGUGUUACAUAAUAAAAAUAAAUUACGCACAAACAAUUAAUGUAUAUUUUUUUAAUUUGUAAGUACUAAUAAGUACAGACCACGCGAUAAAUAAAUAAAAUAUAACUUAACAGAAACAGAUUUUCUCGCUCACAGAUGUGCUGUAUCAUGUAUUAGUUACAGUAGAACCUGUAUACAAGGAUGUAUGUGUGCUCAAAUACUAAUGCAUUUUAUCUUACAAGAAGGCCUAUUCAAAAACAUCUUCAUGUCUUUCCUAUAUGUUCAUGUGUAAGAGAAUCAGUGCGUGAAUACAAUAUCUGGUUCCACAAAAUCUUUGGGGAAAGUAGUAAAGUAAAGAAAAAUAAAUAUUUUUUGAAUGUAAAUGUUUGCUGGCAAAUUAUGUAACAUACUUAUUACAAUCAUUUGAAAAUAUGGUUUAGCGGCAAAAGAUAAAUUUACAUCUUUUGUACCCAGAACAUGAUCUCAAAAAUAAAUUAUUAUUGAUGACAUAUUAUUGAAAUAUGAUCAUAAAGAUUUUAAUAAUAAAGUAAAUUUUUCUUGUUGUAUCAUUCGACUUUGCAUUAAAAUUAGUAUAGCUGUAGCAAAUACAUAAGUGAAUUUAAACAUCCUCUUUUAGGUAUUCUAAAUCACGAAGGUAUUUUACUAGUGUUCCUAAAGAUAUUAUGGGAAGCACAGUUUUUUCCUUUAUCUCUGUUUUAGUUUACCUUACUUAAAUACCAAUAACUUUAUAUUUAAUUGUUAUCUAUUGCUCCUAUGAACAAUGUAAUAAUACAAGUGUGUUGUAUAAUUUUUCUUGGUUUAUUAAUUGAGGAGGCGUUUAACUAUAUACCUUCUUUAUUCAUGUUUUUGUCUUAAUGUAACAUUGUUUUUUUUAAUGCUAAAUAUUUCUGUUGACAAGACUACGUGAUGAUUGAAGCAUGUUGCAGAGUUUUUGACUGCCAUAUUUUAGUAGCCUAGACUACAACCAACACGUAUAUCAUACCUGUGAUCGCAUGAGCGUUUACGAGGUGUAAGAUAAGAUAAGAUAAGAUUUAAAUCUUUUUAACAAGUUCUGCGUGUUAACCAAAUAUAUAUUAUUGUUAAUUGAAGUGUUUCAUUGCCAACAAACCUUUUUGGAUGGAAUGCUUCCACACAUGAAGUUGUUGAAGAAUUUUUUUAUAAUAAUAUGGCAUCGAUGGUCAUUGAGAUGAGUUUUUCCAAUAAUUUAUUAAAUGGUUUGUUUUAAUGGUAAUAAAACAUUAUGAUUAAUUUGAAUAUUGAUGGAAAUAAAAAAUACGUUAUUAAAGAAUAAAA